CAGUCGUAUUGUUGUUACUGGAAAUAUUGCCGGACCGUUACGCAGCCGCAGAGCUUAUAAAACCCAUAAUAUUCUUCGUACGGAAAAUAAAGAGCUCCCCCCAAAAGCAAACAUAAAUAAUAAAAUAUUUGUUCGAAAAAUCGAUUUAAAAUCAAAUUUUUAAAAUCGCAAAGUUUAAGCAUAAAAUGGAUGAACCCCUAGCCAAAAGCAAUACCAACGCAAAUACAACAGCAACAACAACAGCAACAAUAACAACAAUAGAGAACAACAACGUUCUCGAAACACCGCCCAAAGUAAGCGCCUUCUUCAGCAGCAGCUCCAACUAUCAGAGCCGGGUGCAGCAGCUGAUCAGCUUCAGUUUCACCUCGUCGUUCCAUCUGAUCUUUAUCACAUGCAUCCUGAGCAUCAGUAAAUUUUGUAAUGCCGCCGCCGUGAAUGCAGCUCAGGUGACCGCUUCAGCGCCUAGUCCAAGUAUAAUUAUCUCAAACCUAAGCGGUUCGGCGCUGCUGGAGAAGAUAAUAAAGACCACAACCCUGGGACCGCAAUUGGAUAAGCUUAAAAGUUUUGCACCUGCCGCAGCGAAUAGCAUAAGUGCGAGUAGUACCUCGUCCUUCUUCAAUAGUAAAGCCCUCAAUUUGGAAUUCAAGUUCCAGAAUGUUUCGGGCAAAGUGAAUACGCCGUUGGAUAUAUCUCAAAGCCUGCCGCACUAUUGCGAGGAGAAGCAGUUCCGUUGCAGGGAGAGCGGCGAGUGCAUACCCAUUAGAUUUGUCUGCGAUGGUGAUACGGACUGCAAGGAUCACAGCGAUGAGCUGCUCGAACAAUGUAAAUUUACAGAAUCCACCUGCGGCGUAGAACAGUUCCGCUGCAAUAAUGGCAACUGCAUACCCAACAAAUGGCGCUGCGAUCGUGAGAGCGACUGUGCCGACGGCUCCGAUGAGGCGCCGAGUCAAUGCAAGAGCAAAUCCUGCUCACCAGAUGAGUUCGCCUGCAAGAGCGGCGACGGCGAGUGUAUACCACUUGCCUGGAUGUGUGAUCAGAACAAAGAUUGCAGCGAUGGCAGCGAUGAGGCCACGUGCAAUACCACCUGUCGCUCCGAUGAGUUCACCUGCCGCAAUAGCCGUUGCAUUCAGAAGCGUUGGGUCUGCGAUCACGAUGACGACUGCGGCGAUGGCAGCGAUGAGCUCAAUUGCCCCAAAGUUGUAUGCCCCCCGAACAGAACGUUCACCUGCAGCAAUGAUGCCUGCAUAAGCAAGAGUUGGGUCUGCGAUGGCGAACCGGAUUGCCCGGAUGGCGGCGAUGAGCGCGACUGCGGCAUCGUAGGACAGACUGUAACGCCCUGCCUGCCGCAUGAGUUUCAGUGCAGGGAUCGCAUCACCUGCCUGCACCAAAGCUGGCUCUGCGAUGGAGACCGCGAUUGCCCUGAUGGCGAUGAUGAGCUUGUCUCCAACUGCAAGAAUGUCACCUGCCGCCCGGAUCAGUUCCAGUGCGGCGAUCGCAGCUGCAUUGUCGGCCAUCUCACCUGCAAUGGGCAGGCGGAUUGUGCGGACGGCAGUGAUGAACGCGACUGUCAUUUGUCAGCUCAAAUCAAGAGCUGCAAUGCCACCAGCCAAUUUGAAUGUGGUGGCGGUCAAUGCAUUCCCCUGGAUAAGGUAUGUGACAAGCGCAAGGAUUGCCCCGACGGCGAGGAUGAGCCGGCGGGCAAGUGUGGCAUUAAUGAGUGCGACACCAAAAAUGGUGGCUGCAUGCAUCGUUGCGUGGAUCACCCGGUGGGCUACAGCUGUGAAUGCCACGAGGGCUACAAGCUGGCCAGCGAUGGCCACCAUUGUGUGGACAUAGAUGAGUGCGAAGAGCCGGGUGUCUGCUCCCAGAUCUGUGUCAAUGAAGUCGGCAGCUUUAAGUGCGAAUGCGAGGCGGGCUACAUGCGGGAUUCGCGCAAUCACACGCGCUGCAAGGCGGCGGAGGGACAUGCCUCUCUCCUGUUGGCGCGUCGCCAAGACAUACGCAAGAUUUCGCUAGACCACAUGGAAAUCACAUCAAUUGUGAACAAUACCAAGUCGGCGACAGCUUUGGAUUUUGUGUUUCGCACGGGCAUGAUCUUUUGGAGCGAUGUGACCACGCAGAGCAUCUACAAGGCGCCGAUCGAUGAGGGCAACGAGAAGACCGUCGUCCUGAAGCACUCAUCGGUUACCUCGGAUGGCCUGGCUGUCGACUGGAUCUACAACCACGUCUACUACACGGACACGCACAAGUGCACCAUCGAGCUGACCAACUUCGAUGGCAACAUGGGCAAGGUUUUGAUCGAGGAUGCGCUCGAUAUACCGCGCUCCAUAGCGCUCGAUCCCAUCGAGGGCUGGAUGUACUGGUCCGACUGGGGCGCCUCGCCGCGCAUUGAACGCGCCGGCAUGGAUGGUUCCCAUCGCACGACUAUCAUCAACUACGAUGUGAAGUGGCCCAAUGGAAUAACCUUGGAUUUGGUGAGGAAGCGCAUCUACUGGGUGGAUGGCAAGCUGAAUGUCAUCUCCUCGGCCAACUACGAUGGCUCACAGCGCAGACAGAUCCUUUACUCGACGGAGUAUCUGCGGCAUCCGUUCUCCAUAAGCACCUUUGAGGAUUACAUCUACUGGACCGACUGGGACAAGCAGACGGUCUUCAAGGCCAACAAAUUUACUGGGGAGGGUGUAGAACCCAUCACGGCUGUGCAUAUGCUCCAACAUCCCAUGGUCAUCCAUGUGUAUCAUCCUUAUCGCCAGCCCGAUGGCAUUAAUCACUGCCAAGCGGUUAAUGGCCACUGCUCACAUCUCUGCCUGCCGGCUCCGCGCAUCAAUGAACGCAGUCCGCGCAUAUCCUGCGCCUGCCCCACGGGCCUCAAGCUGAUGCCCGAUGGUCUGAUGUGCGUCGAAGAUCUACUCAUACGCCCCGUGAAACCCACGAUGCGAGUAAAUUCAACUACAACGCGGGUCAAAUUCUCGACGUCGUCGCCAACACUCGCGAAUCUUCCUCAAGAUGCGCCCAUUUUAGCGUCGGAUGCUGUAAACACCGGAAAUGCGACACAUACGGGUGGCAAGGUCGCGGAGACGGCGCAGCCAACGGAAGGGGAUUCGGGCAAAAUAGCCUUAAUUGUCAUAGGAGCACUCAUAGCCGCAGCAGCUGUUAUAAGCUUAUCCUACUGCGUGUUAAAGAAAUACCCGAAACGGGGCAAUACGAUGAACUUUGUAAACCCCACAUACAACAAGACCACAGAGGAUAAUUUCAGUUUGGAGAAGAAUGCGACUAUCAAUAGAUAUGCCACGGCCGUUGAGGAAGAGGCACCGCUGCAAGUUCGAGGCACAGAAUGUGUCUAAAAGACAGCAUAAGUAAGCCAUUUAUAUAUUAUGAGACAUAUCCAAACAGACAGCGUCUAUCAACAUCAGCUGGCUCUUAGCAAUAAUAACAACAGCAGCAACAACAACAAAAACAAAUAACUCCUAUUAUUAAGUCCUUUAAGUUUAAGGCACCUAACUCAAAGAGCAAAACUUUUGUUUAGAAAGUAGUAAGCAGUAUGCCAAAAAGACAACAACAACAACAAUAACAAACAAACAAGCCACAACAGCUCUAGAAAUUUCAAUUACAAUAACUACACGUAGGGCCCACCACAGCAAAACUAAAUAUUAUCAUGGGGAAAAAAGAAAAUACUCAACAAAUUCAAUUUGUUGCCUAGUUUAAAAUUUAAUUUUAGAAUUUAGCAUAAAGCCACAUUCAACACGCCCACAUAGACACACGCCCAUAACUAAUGCCUAAACUAUUUCUAGGCACAACAUUUUGAGAUCAACUAACAGCGUCAUUCAUAGCUAUACACACACACAAACACAUACACGCCCUCAUAAGACACACACACACACACUGGAGCGAGACACACAGCCCGAAACUCAGCAUUUCGUAUUAAGUUCAUGAAGUGAAAUAUAAAAAUUUAAUAAAAAUUAAAUAAUGAAUACUAAAAAAUGUA